AUCCACUGCUGGCAAUGACCUGCAGGAGCUGAAGCUUGCGCAAAUGUCAGCUGCCUUCGAUAAGUUCGAGGCAUCUUCAUCUAAUACAUCCUCAAGAGUAGGGAAGGACAACAUUAUGAACGACAAGAAGAUUCUGAUUCUCCAGGAAGAAGCUGUUGUGUCGUCUUCAAUUUUAGAAGAUGAUGGUGGAGGUUGGGACUUCAGUGACGAAGAGCCUGGGGCCGUCAAGGCAAGUGGAUUGCCAGCACAAGCCAACGGCAAGUCUUCAGCAUCCGAGAGGAGAGACGGGCUAGAUGAAUCAAAUUAUAAGGAUGGUCUUCAACUUCAAGUUCAGCCGUUCAAUUCCCACAUCCCUUCUACGAGCCAAAUGGAUGAUGUGGCCGCUCAUCACCAGUCUCUUGGUGCACGAAAAGAUGGAGGUGCUGAAAGUUCUCGAUUGAACAUGAAGAUGACUACUAGUACUGAACAUGAACAAGAGGCAGGCAAGGGAUUGCUGAACAAUGGGGCUGCAUUUACACAAAAACAAUUAGAGCCAGAUUUGGCUGCCAAUGCGCAUAAGUUCGCUGCGGAAGUGGAAGCAAUAGCGGAGGACGAUCUUCCUUGGGAUGACGUCUUUGAUGAUCCUGUCGAAGGGCGCGGGGACGAGAGCAAGAAGACAGAUCAUGCAACGUCAACCCCACCUGCUCGAGAACAAGAACGAUUAGGCGUCCGCCCACCACAACAAGCGACGAGAAAUUCACCUGGAACGUCAACAGCGGCGACGAUGUUUUUAAGGGUAGGUUAAAGGUGUUCCUGUUGCCGCUUGUUUUGCCUCUCCUAAGGGAGAAAGACAGAACAAACGGAAAACAGAAACACCAAGACCCUACCUCUAACGUUUGAUCGGAUUGCGGGAAACACUAAAACUUCCGCCGACGACGUAGGCUCGGUCGCUGCUAAAAUAGGGGGAGUCUUUGGGAAUUUUGUGACGCAGAUCGCCGCGCGCGCCGGGGAAGGAACACUCGUUGCUAGAAAUGACGGCAUGAGUGAUCCGAGUUUGGCUGACGAGGCUUUUCCUGAUGUGGAGUCGGCAAUACAGGCUCAGUAUCUGAAGCUGAGUGUUUUGUCAAAAACAUGUGCGCACGUUUCUGUUUCUGCUGCUGUACUCGAGCCGCUCUCAAUGGAGGAUGAAGUUACGUCAGUGAUAGGUUCCGAACUAAACAUCAACGUGAUCAUAAGCCCACGUACUUCAAUCAUCUAUAACAUGUAGUCGACGCGACGACCAUAUUUUUUUGUUCUUAGCAUUAAUUUCUGCUAAUGGUUCUGGCGCACAUUUUUAUCAAGUAGGAGCCCACACGUGCUAGAGGCACCGAAAUUAGAAUUACCUAGGACACUAUAUCUAAUCCGAUUUAAUAUUUUUUCCGUUUGUCUUGCUGCGCGAUAAUUUGUUCGAACAUAUCCAAAUCAGAGGACAGUUGAAGAUGAAGAUAGCCUGUUCUUGUACUCGUCCUUAUCUUUCGUUCUAAUUUGAAAAAGAACGAAGUACACCGCUCCGACAUGGGUCUUGGCGCAUCUGUCCCUUCCAGCAGUCGGAUGAAUCCUUAUGUGGAGCUGUUGUCCGCUGUCAGCUUACUGCAGCAAUGUCAGGAGUACAUUGGGCCUUCCUCCGAGCUUUUUGCACGAUAUCAUGCCCUUCUGUUGCGCUUUGUGGAGCGGGCAGAGCGUCGUCAUCUCCAUGCUGGACCAGGAGGAAGUUCUUCUGGGGGAGCACCAGAAGCACGUGCUGUCGUAUCCCAACACGAAACGAGCGCCGCCGUCGGAAGAACAAUGCCUCUUCAAGUAGAGGAGGAAGAGGAUAUUGACUUGACGCCGCAGCUGUCCGACGUGAAAGAUUUGGCGCAAGGUUUUUUCUCUGCCGCCGUGAGCCUCGCGCAAGAAGUAACGACAAAUGUAGUCGCAAACGUAGCGGCAACCACGAUUACACCAGGAGGAGACCAUAACAAUUUUCAACAGAUGAUGACAGGAGGAGAAGGGGGGCUCUUCUCGACAACGGAUGAGGAAGACUUUCUCAUGAUGUUACCUGAGUUACGACCCUUGCUGCACGACCUUUUUUUCCAAGAAAUUUGUGUGUUGUGUCCUCCCGAGUCGCUUUAUAUGCUCUGCGCGGCGGUCGACGACGCUAACAGCCGCCUCAUCCAGGCUUGCGGCGUGACUCCCUCCCCGCUCGCGCUGAUAGGCCUGUUGCAGUUUCAUUCUAGUGUUACCGAACAACAUGAAAAAGUGUUAGAUAAACACGGUCAACAAGAACAAGAAGUUGAACAGCUUCGCAGCACAACGCUAGUGCUGCCCUACUUGACUGCGCCUCGCGAUAUUGUCCGUGUAAUUCGAGACUGCCCGCCGUCGGUCUUUCCAGCUGUUCGGAGAAGGAUCGCGAUGUUAAUUGAGGGCGGCCGCAUGGAAGGACAUCGGCAAAUGUUCGCCUCCGACUUGCGCAAACGCGAGUUUCGAGACGCGUGCUUCGACGCCUUUGCCAAUCUCUAUCCAAGAAUUAUGGGCCACAGUAGUUGUAGUGCGUCAGUUCUUGGUGAUGUCGUUGAGGCUAAGUUGUUGUGAAGGAUACCAUAAUCUUCCAUCUCUUUCAAGUUUUUUCCCAUCACCAGGAGGAAGGUCAAUAAUUCUACAUAACUAAGAAGGCCAUGGCCAAGACGAUGACCCACUUCGUUCUUAUACAUAUCAUACGUCAUGAUUUUUGUGCUGAUAGUGCUUGUAUGUUGGAGUGAUCUCUUCUAAUGAUACAGGCGUAUCAGGAGGCGCUGGUGCGAAGAAUAGAUCUGUAGCGCACUUGCUGAGCACAGCACCAGGCGAAGCCUUCGUUACACUGUUGGAGCAAAUUGCAAAACAACGCGGACUCUCCAGUGAGGAAAUGCUUGAUGUAAUGACAACAUAAUCUUAAUCGUCCCCACACCCAAAGCGCGUGAUGGUGUCGACAAAAAAAGGUUUGAAUCUAGUUUUCAAGACAAGAAAGGGAAACAUGACAGCAGAAACAAACCAAGGGCCCUAGUUUAGACUAAUAUCACAAGACAGGAACGAAUACUCUAUUUGAUACGACGCCGACAACCACGACAGGCACGAGCUGUACUAGCAUCGAAGAGGGGUACUAUAAGAACUAUUGAAGAUGAUGGUAAGUAGUGCACAAGGCUGUGACGUUUUCGAGCUUUGGGCUUCCACUCUUUUCCUCAACCAUAAUCUUGAGAUCUCCUUUGCGUUUGGGUUUGCGAU